AAAAAAAAAAAAGAGAGAAAAAGGUUGAAGAAGAACAUUCAAUCAAUCAAUCAAUCAAUCAAUCAAUCGUCUUCUUCGUCUCGAUUGUAACUAAAAACCCCCCUCCAUGGAAAUCGAGGUUUCGAGUUCAGCUCAUGAUACCGUCGAUUUGGAUAGUAUUCGCGUCAAGCGAAAGACGUUGCAGAACUUGCUCGACGAUUGCCAGAGAGCUCUCGAGCUGCUAAACCUCGCCGAUACUUCUCCCGGCGGCGAUAAAACCGAAACCGGUGGUUCCGGAGAGGAUAACAGCAACCUCGUUGGUUCACAGGAGAGGGAAGAAGAAGAGUUUCCUUCUUCCGAUCAAGGAGAUCCUGAAGCCGAUAAAUUCUAUGAUCUUAUCAAGUCUAGAGUUGAAUGUCAUGGCUUUAGGGAGAAGAUAGAGCUAGCUCAAGUUUCACUUCUCCAAGAUCUUGCUGAAGAAGAAGGUAGCUCUUGGGACGUAGUUAGUGAAGAUGAUAUAUUGGGUGUGGUUCAAACGGAAGAUGAUUAUGUUGUUGUUAGAGAAGAAGAUAUAGCUGACGGUAUCGCUUGUUUCAUGGCUACUUAUUUGUCUUCCCUUAAGCAGACUAAGGAUAUAUCACCUGAUCAGCUUCAGAAAGCACUUAGCACCAUGUUUUCAGUGAAGAAGAGAAAGGGGAAGCUUCGUAAAGCAUGGGAAGGAAGUAAAGUUAUUUACAACGUAGCUUCUUGGAGCGCAACUGCUAUAGGCAUAUAUCAAAACCCGAUGAUCCUGAGUAUUGCAUCCAAAGCCUUCUGGGUGUCUUGCAAGGCCAUAUCAAAGCUUGUCUGAAUUGUCUCGCUCACAUGGUGCUCAUAAAGUUACAACAGCCUCGACUCAGCAAUGUUUUAUAUCAAUUUAAUUUAUAUUUGUACAUAUGCCUUUUGUUUGAUCCUUCUUCUCUGUGAUGUUUAUUCUCAACAUGCAAAUGUUAAAAAGAUUAGUUUGAUCUCAAAUUCGAAGUG